AUGACCCUGGGGCCUCGUCCCAGUAGGCUGUGCCAGAUAAACCUCCACCAAGAUGUCAAGGAGUAUCCUGAUCUGAUGCCCGAAACACCUAGCAGCGGCUCUACUUUGAGCACCUCCUGGAAGACCGAGCUCCUCAUCCUAUCCCGCCACCCUGCAAAGAAAUCUCAUUUCUACCACUUGUAUCCACGAUCUCAUUCUUUUGGCUAUUACCCAAAGCUCAUGACUAUAGAUUUUUCUUUCAGGUCUGCCCAUGUUCAGAACAGGCCGCAGUACCAGGAACAGAUGUCCUGCUGCAGAUCAGCCUUCUUGAUCUUCCUCAGCGCGCUGCUCUAUGAGAGCUGCAGUUUCCCGCUCCGCCGGCAGGGGGCGGGAAACUUCGCCAACUCCCUCAGACUCACACGCAACAUCAGGAGCCGCGUGCAGCAGCUGCUGCUACGAUACAAAGAGCAGCAGUUUGGUGACAGUCGGUUUGAAGACAAAAAAAUCGCUCUGAAAACACUACCAUCAGUCACCAUCAACUUUCAGACCUGGCGACACAUGGAGGACUCUGAACGUUUGUCCAUUGCCUCUCGUAACCUCCUCACCUUCUGGGCCCACCUGGAGAGCCAGUGCCAGAAGCUGGAGCUGGACAUGCAAAACGAGAGAGAGAGCGCAGCAGAGAGAGCAAUGCAGAAGAGAAACAAAAGAGGAAGACCACAUCUCUCCUUGACCCAAAGCAUGCGGGCAAUUCAGCUGGAUCUGCGUGACCUCAUGAGACAAGUCAACUUUCAGCUGGCAAACAUCUUGAAGGAGGACCCCACUACAGACUACACAUCCACUCCCACCACCAGCGCAACACACUCUGAGGAGCCCUCAAAGCCAGCAGCUACCUCCAGUGAAACCUCCAAAGCUACCUCCUCAAGCCCCAUUCCCAGCAUGUCUGGGUCUCACUCCACCCUGGGCCUCAUUCGGACCUCAACCCCGUUGAACAUGGAAGCUGUAAAAGGAAGACAGACUGUACCUGCGAGUACAGGAGAGGCUUCUAGCAGUGGAGAUGUCAGCCAGACCUCUACAACCACUGCUGCUUCCAGGAAGGAGCAGCCCAAGCUGACCGCUGAAGUGUCCCAGCCUACAAGGUGGGUGUCCCGCCUGGAAGGUUACGUCAUUCUAAGAGAUCUCGAGCGGUACCUAAGCAGGCUAGCACGGGACUAUACUCUGCUGCGGGCUAAAUACUAAAACAUACAAACACAAGCGAGCAAGAAAAAAAACACCAAGUGCCACACAUGAACGUACGUGAAUAUUCCAAUGCAGCUUUGAUUGGUACCUCAACAUUAUUUAUUUUUGAUUAUACAGUAUUUCAGUGUUUGCAACAGUAUUUAUUUCCAAAGCGCUUAUAUAUAACUUAUUUUUAUUAGUCCUUUAAUGCAGUAUAUAGUCCAGGAUGAAGGAUCAACCUUAAUAUUUGAGGAUAAUGUAUGUUUUGUCGUUUAUAAUUAUCGUUUAUAUUAUGAGUUUGACUGAUAAUGAAGGAAGUGAGGCAGCUAUGGUGUGCGCUCUGCAGGGAUAGAGAACAAAUCCAAGGUGCUUUCAUUCGCAACAAGUUUGAGUUCAUUUUAGCAAUUUAGCAAUGUAUGUAAUAAUAUAUGUGAGAUGGACCAGUGCUUGAUAUUUUUACACGCAUGUAGAACAUUAGAUCAUAGUGUACUUCGAAUUCUGGGUUCAGAUGAACAACUGUGUGCAGAUCAUGCGACCUAUGCAUGACAUACACCAAACAUUUCUGAGAAGAGAUGAUUCCAAGUUGGGUAAAAUGUCACUUGAACAUCCACUACUAGCUCUCAUGGACUCAUUUGAAUGCGCCUUGGAUUGCCCAUUUCUAGCUCUGGUUGAAGUGGCUCUAGCCUGUGGAGCGCAGGCCUAAAACCUAUUCAGGGAUUUGUUUGUAAAGACACUGGUUGGUAGUUACUUCAUAACAAAGCACUGUGAACUGAGGAUUUUGCACCAAGUAUGUGUUGCGCUUUGACCGUCCAGUCCGUGAUGGUGAUUAACCACAAAAAGGAAGGAGGAUUUUACAGUUUGACCACUUUUACCAAGUAGUCAUUAUUAGAAUUAUUGGCGAAGAACAUUGCUGUUAGCCCCUUAAACCCACACCUAACUUGAAGCUGGUUUCAUGGACACAACAGGGGAAUUCAUUCAGCACUAGUCCAUGGCAACCUAACUGCAGACUGAUUUGACUCUCCGUUACGUUGCACACUGUGACAACACAACACCAUUAAAACCAGAAUUUACUUACUCAUCAUGAUUUAAAAAUAAAGAAGAAACCAAAGUGUACUGGUUUUGUUUCGGUGAGAUAUCUUCUGCCAUCACAGUAAGAGUCUCACGGGAGUUCCGCCACGGCGGUAUUUCCCGAACAAACCCACACAUCCUCGUGGUGUAGUAACCAGCCAAUCACGAGACAAGGCGAGCGGUAGACACAACAUUCUGCUUCCCCUCCCUCUUUCCUGUACUUUCCCCCCUACUGCUUGUAUUUAUUCUAAUAUUUAUUGAUUAUUUAUUAAGAAUGACCAAUUCAUUGUGAAAACAAAUGCUGUGA